AAUUUGGGAUUGUCAUUAUUAUUUUAAUUAUUAUUUUAAAUUAAGAAACUGGGCGAGUUACGUCAUAUGCUUACUCUGUUACACUAAAAUUAAAAAAAAAAUCAUUUUUUCUCUUGAUAAAAGUAAAAUAAAAAUAAAAGGAAUGUCACAAAUUCAAACAAUAAAUGAAGAAAUAACAAAUGAAGAUGAUAUUCAAACACAAAUAUCUCUUGAACAUGAUCCAUUUUAUCAACAAGAGAAUCCCUUUUCUCAACAAACCCCACAGUCAAUAAAACGACAUCGUGUUCGCAAUAGACCAUUUUAUCCAUCCACAAUUCGUAUUAUAUUUGGUCAUCUCAUUUCAGUUUUUGUCUUUUUAAUUCGUCAAUUGUUUCGUUCAAAUAACCUUCCUUUUCUCUUGACAUUUAUUUGGCAUUCAUUUUCACUAAAAAGGCUUUUAUUUUCUUCAAGAAAAUAUUUAAAAAGAUAUACUAUAAGGAAUAAUGAAAUGGGUGCAUCGCAUGCGAUUGCUAAUGACGUGGUUAAAAGAUUAGGUGGUAUGAAUUCUUCGUUGGCUUUAUUAGCUUUAUUAGCUUUAACAAGAUUUAGCAAGGAUAUGGGAGCUCAAAAAGUUUCUUUGUUGGUUUUGGCUACAGCGAAUGGUGCACAAACUUGGUUGGAUUUUAAAUCUUGGAAAAAUGGAAGAUGGAAUUGGUCAUUCUUAACAGAAUCCGGUGGUGGUAAUGUUAUAAUUGCGAUCGUUAAUAUGGUUGCUUAUGGCGUUUCUGUUGUAAAAACUAGAUCUAUUUUAUAAAGGUAAUUGUUAUAAAGCUAUAUUUUAUUGAUCACUAAUUUCAUAAAGGAAAGACAAAUCGUGGGUGGCUUAGCUUUGUGCAGUCAAAGUGAUAAGCGAUAAAGUAGGUAUAGCAUUUAUUAAUCAAAUAACACUUCGGUUUAUUUCAUAUAAAAUCUAAUUAUAACCGCAAAAAAUAAAUUUUUAUAACAUAUUGAUUAGUAUUAACUUCACCAAGAAGCCAAA